UAGUAUUGUCUGAUGAUUCACUUGGACGAAAGUACUAAAAUUUUCCUGCAAAAAGACGUGUUUUCAUAUUCAAUUUGACAACAACUAAUUUUCAGUCAGUCAAACUGUCAUCGCAUAGUAAAAGUUUAUUAUAAAUAAGGAUCCGUUUGCAUCGUGCCGCUACGCUACGUGCCGGUUGAAUAAGUUUUUUGUUGUCAAUUUUGACAGUCUUGCAUACCGUAACUUGAUUUGUAUUGCCCUGUUCUGUCAAAAGCAACAACAAAAAUGAAACAAAAUUAAUUAUUGAAUUCAAUUCCAUUUGCGAAAAAAGACAAACCCAAUUCCCUGGUGUGUGUAUGAGUGUUGUCUACUAGAGUGAGAAGAAAAUAAAAAAAAAGAAAUAUAAUAAAUUUUAAAAGUGCUGUCAUUUCAAACAAAACGAGAACGAGAACCCAAGACAUCAAGUGAAGUGAGGGAGGAAUAGAAUAUACUUCGCGGCUGUCAAAAAAAAAGUAAAAAAGAUAAUCGUCAUUUUUUGCUUUGAAUGUAGAAGAAUUAAAAGAAACAAAACAAUAUUUUUUUCUUUCGCUUUUCUGUUUUGUUAUGAGAUGAGAUUAUUAUGAGGAAGUGAGGUGAGUGUGUUGUAUUCAUCUUUGAAAUAUUGUGGGAAAAAAAGAGAGAACGACACAGUGAAAUUUGUUGAAAGAAAAGGAGGUUUACCGGUUAAUACUAUAGUGUGUCAUUAUAAUUUUUUGUUUUUAUUAAUAUUUCUUUCUGUGUCUGGUUAUACUCUGCAAAUAGAGAGACAUUCAUGAAUGCAGUUAUUAAUGAUUCUCUAUGAAAAAGACAUAGCUGUUUAUGAAUUAAAGGAACUUAUGUACAUAAUAACAAAAACAACCCCAAUUAACGUGAAUAAUAUAGCACAGCACUAAUACCAAUAAUAAUCGUCAUCAUCAACAUCGUUGUGUCGUCGUUAUUGUAGCCUACGUCGUCGUCGACGUCGUCAUCAUCGUCAUCGUCGUCAUCAUCAAACAUAAUUAUCGGAAACAUAGCGACAUCGACCGCAGGCAUAAGAGUAGAUAAAUAAAAACAAGAAAGAACAAAACAAAAAAAAACGAUACUCAAGCACUGCACAUCCAUGAGAGUUUUAUUAACUCACAAAUCUGGUUUAGUUGCUGUUUUGUGUCGUUUUUUUGUCGUCUCCAUCGUCUCCCUCCCCCUCCUGUUCUUAUAGACAGAUAGAUAGAACGAACGAAGUGAGGGAAACAAAUGAGAAUACAAAUAAAAAGGUACAAUAACAACAAUAAAUACAAUCACCGCGCGCCAGACCUAGCAACAUCCUUCAGCUUCGGCUUUGGAUGCAUACCAGCUCCAACAAGAGCAGUCGUAGUAGAUAUACAACCUCUUCAUCUCCCAACAACAACAACAAUAUAUAGCUUGAAGUACCUACUACCUCUCAACUUUCCAAGGAGAAAUCUCAGAACAUAUACAAAGAUACAACUCCUCGGUCCUCGCUCUCUCUCUAGAUAUACAAAGCUGGUGCAACCUGUUGGAUCAGCACGAAAUACUAAGAAAAACACACGAAAAGGUUGAAUACAAAAAAAAUAACAGAACACGAAAUAUCGCCGGUGUGCCACGAAGGAGCUGCACAAAACAAAUUGCCCACAACAGAUAAAAAUAAAAAAAAAAAGUAUAAUUUCAGCCAAAAUAAAAAAAGAGAGAAUCAAACCUAUACAUUGACAGACGGCACAAAAAACCGUCAAUCCCCAAAGAAAAAUUAAAAACACUUGUCCUCAACCGGAAAAUAAUAAUAAAAAAUUUUUAAGACCAAAAAGUUCCGCGUCAAAAUUCUCUAAAAAAAAAAAAAAAAAAAUACAAAAAAAAAACUUAUAUCACAGAGACAAGAAUUACAAAAUAUUCAUAAAAAAAAGGUCACAAUAAUAAUUACAAUAAAAGCGAGCUUACAAAUCGCAUGACAGACUCAUAUUCAUCGUCAGAUCUAGAAUCGUCUGAUUUUUUGCCUUAUAAUAAAAACGUCAAACUGGCGGCUACCGUAGCAAUGAAUACCCCUUACCAUCCGUAUUCGGAUAUAACGCCACCACAUCAUCCGCCAAGUCCGGAUAAUAACAAUUAUCCGCCAAUGCCUGGCGGAUACCACAAUGGGCAUAGUGGUGGUGGCGGCGGAGGCGGUGGUGGUGGAGGAGGUGGCGGCGGUGGGGGUGGCGGACACACACCCCAUCUGACGCCAAUGGAAGACGUUUCGCCAGACUUUCACCACCACCAUCAUCAUCAUCAGCACCAUCACCAGCAGAUCACCAACAAUAAUAAUCCGAUAAAACAGUGUGCCGGUUGUGGGGAAAAAAUAGCUGACAGAUUCCUGCUGCACGCCUUAGACCGAUAUUGGCAUAAUUCGUGUUUAAAAUGUCACUGUUGUGGUGAGAAUUUAGCGGAUAUGGGUUCAAGUUGUUACACAAGACGGGGUCUGAUACUAUGCAAAAAGGAUUACACAAGUAUGUUUGGAUGUUCGGGUACAUGCUCGGGAUGCGGACAAACGAUACCACCCAAUGAAUUGGUAGCUAAAGCGAUGACACCAAUCAAUCAACAAACAACGAACUUAGAUAACCAAAAAAAUAGUCCAAACAAUCUAUUUGUGUUUCAUUUGAAAUGUUUCUCAUGUACGAAAUGUGGUGCACACCUGAGACCUGGAGAUAGAUAUACAAUGUUGGCGGGUAGCUUAGUGUGUGAGCAGGACUGGCAUAAAAUAAUAAAAAAUACAACAACGACAAAUGGAACAACACCAGCCGUUCGAAAGGGUAAAGUUGGUAGACCUAGACGUACCAAAGAGUAAAAUCAAGUUAAAAAAAAUCAUCCUCCUGCUAAAAAAAAAACAAAAUAAUUAAAAUUAAUAUAGAAAAGAUACUACCCAAAUCACACAUACAAAAAACACACACUCACAAAGAAAAUAAGAAAAAAAACUAUAAGAAUUUUUUUUUAUAACUUUUAUUUUCUUUUUGUAACUAAACUAACCCCAUCCCUUAUAUAGAUCAGGUGCGGAAUCUGUGAUCUGCUAACAUCGAAAAUUAUAAGAAAGAAAAAAAAAAAUACAAAAAAAAAUGUUAUUCUAAAGUCCUGAUCUAAACCUAAAUAGUAUAUCUCUAGUCGUUUUGUACAUAAAUAAAACAAACAAAAAAUAAUAAAAAAAAAUAUGAAAAGGUGUUGUGAAUAAUAAAAUUAAAAACAAAAAAAAAAAAACUUAACGAAAAAUUAAAAAAAAAAACGCUCUCUAAGCUUACAAAUAGAAUUGAGAAAAUCAUAAUGACACAACAAAAAAGCAUUCAUUUUUUUAAAGUCACAAAUUAAAAAAAAAAUAAUAAAUUUCAUAAUAUUGUGUACCCUAGUGUACACUAUGUUUACACUUUUAUUACUCACUUCCCGUCCUUUGAUUUUCAAUAAAAAAUCAUUAAUUAAGCCUGUGGAACAAUCGGAAAAAUAAAAAAAUCGAAAAAAAAAUCCUCACUUAACUAAAGAAAAAAAAAAUAAUAUUAUAAAUAAAAACCACAUACACAGACACGACACAAGAGAAGAAGAAAAUAAAUUAUAAAUUUCUAUAGUAAUUUUAUUGAUUAAGGACAUUUUAAAUUAUUGCAAAACAAAAUAUUAUAAAAAAAAAACCAACCAAUCAAUACCUUACAAAAUGAGAAAAACGUGGAACAAAAAAAUUCUUUGUACCUAUUUGAAUUAUGUAAUAUUAUAAAUUUUUUUAAAAAUUAUGUUUAUGUUUGUACCUACUUAUUUAAAAAUUAUGUAUAUUAUUUUAUAUAUUUUUUUUUGUCUCCUAUCAUUGUUAUAAUUGCUUUUUUUGUGUAAAAUUUUUUACUAUUUUUGUUUUUAUUUAUGUAUUUUAUUUUUAUAAUAGAUUAUGUUUCAAUUUGACUGUA